GAGUCCAGCAGUAAUUAUUUCUUGUUACAAUGAAGUUUUUUAAGCUCUAUUGUUAUUUCCUGACAAUUUUAGUUUAUUUAAGUCAUGAAUCUUUGGGAGCUACCUUUGUAUAUAGACACAAGAUCGUUGGUGGUUACUCAGCUGAUGAUGACUACCAAUUUCCUUAUCAGGCAUCAUUACGUGAUACUUUAAUGGAAAAACAUUUUUGUGGUGCUUUUGUUUUGACUGAGCGAUGGUUGGGGACAGCAGGUCAUUGUACGAGUAAACGAAAAGCAACUGGCAUCAUUAUUGUUGUUGGUGCAUCAAUUUAUUCAAAAGAUCAAGGAGUGCGCCAUACCGUUUUAUCAAUAGCUGUGCAUCCAGACUUUGAUCCAAAGAUACUAAGGAAUGACAUUUCGAUGAUCAAAACUGAGACUUUUAUUGACUUUACACCGACUGUUAAACCUGUUAAGAUGCUGGCAAUGCCCCCUAAACCGGAUGCUAUAGUAUUUGUUAGUGGGUUCGGUAGAACGAGUAGUGGAACUAUCCCUGACACAUUGCAGUGGAUUAAAAUGAAGACAGUGACUUUUGAACAUUGUGUUGCUGCAAUGACUAAGCAGAAUAAGGAUAGAAUUUUUGAGACAAAUGUAUGCGCCAUUCCAACUGAUACAGUCGAGGGUGGAGCAUGUAUGGGUGAUUCUGGCGGUCCUUUGGUUCAAGAUGAUGGCUCAUUAAUAGGACUAGUUUCAUGGGGCGUGCCAUGUGGCCAAGGAAUGCCUGACAUAUUCACAAAAGUAUCUGCAUAUAAAGACUGGAUUGACUCUGUAAUUGAUUUUCCAACUGUGGCUGAAUAUCAUGACGAGGAUGAUGACGAUGAAGGCGAUGACUUGCUCUUGGAUGAUCGUGACUUAAAUGACUAUGAUUUUAUGAAAAAUUGGUCUGAUACAAUCUCUGAAUGAUUCCUUUUGUAACUUUAUUUUAUUUAAUCGUGAAUUAAAAAGUUUUAAGAUAUUGAAAUCUUAAGACUUAUUGCUUAUAAAUCUCAUGUUUAGUAAUUUAAAAUCGACUUUAAAUCUUGUGGAUUAAAUACUUUUUAUAUCCAGCUAUUUAUGUUGACAAUGAGUUUUUCUGAUGUCAGAUGUAGAGGCGCUAGUGUCGAUGUGAAAAUCUUAAAAGUUUCUGCACGUUUUUUUGGUGUUCAUUUUCAAAUUUGAAACUUUGUUGAUGAUUGAGUUAUGAUUCGUGAAGUUUAUGAUUUUCAGAAUCAUUAGCAGUUUUAUGAACUGAUUCUAAUGACU